AUGUAUCAAACAUUUUUAGCGUGCUGGUGUGAUACGCAUAUUUCAACACCAAUUAGAUUAACACAAGACUCUACUCCAGAAAAUCCCAAGAUUGUUGAUUCUGAAGAUUUCUUAGUUGAACUUUACCCAGAUGUGAAACCUAUUCUUGAUUUCUUGGAAGAGCAUCACAUCAUCAUUUUUACAGCAUCUAGAACGGCUAAACCCAGAAUAGCAAAGAAAAUGCUAAAAUUAUUUGGUCUUGAUAAAUACAUAUAUAACUCUGAAUGGGGUUAUUACAGUAAAGUUGAACAUAUUCGGCAGUUGGUCGAGAACUAUAAUUCGAGUUUGAAAAAGGGAGAAUCAGAGAACUUGACCUUUAGCGAAAUAUGCUUAUUCGACGACGAAUGGAGAAACUCGGACGUGGAGAAAAAACUGGGAGUGAAGUUUUGUCAUUUACCUAACGAGCAACUUACAUGGCAUAAUUUCCGAUCGGGAAUCGAUGGAUGGAGACGAAAAGCAGCAGACAUCAAUUGA